ACUUCGGAUGGGACAACACAUGACAUUUUACACUAAUAAUCUACGCCUUUCACUAUAUAUCCGACAUUGAUAACAUCUCUCACAUCUUUUUACAUACUGUGAUGUCUACUUCAUCUGUGUCGAAGGUAAUAACCAUAUAUUUCGCAUGUAACGUUGUUUUUCAUCAACCUACACAGCUUGGAAACGAAAUGUUGAGCAGCUUUUGUUAUCCUUUUUGAGUGAACAGCACAGUUUGUAACCAUAGGCUGUCAUUCUUUUAGGGCUGUUUCGUCUUUAAGCCAAGUGCAAAGAAGAAAAAGACGCCGAGUUUAAGUAAGUAAUCUGAUGUUUAAAAUAAAGUGUUGUCAUUAUAGGUAACGAGAGCGAGUUACCAAAUGACAAUAUGUCCUAAAUUAUCCUGAUGUGUGACCCCUUUCUCUGCACAGAGGAUUAUUUCAUCCAUGGCUGUGAAGGUGCAGAGGACAGUGAGACAAGAUUUCAACUUUGUCAAAAUUUAUGGGACAAGAUUAAAGCUGAUACAGAGGUAAGAAAAGAUACAGUGCAUUCCCCUUUAACCAAACCUUCAAUAAAACAAAAUGAAGGAAACAUUUAAACUCUUUUUUUUUUUUUUUUUGUACACCACCAUUUAGAAACCAGCAGUCACCUCAAAAUGCAUACUCUGCAUUGGCUGUUUUUCAUAUUAAAAAUUAUAAUUAUCAUUUUUUUUUCAUGUAUAGACUUUGAGGAGAUUUAUUACUCGGUUGCAGGCGAUGAAGGAAAUUUUGAAAAGAUCUGGGGACCUUUUCAAGACUGCAUUCAGAAACUCUCAUCAUUUUGAAUUAGCACUCUCUUCUUCUAGUUGUUUUCUUUUUGAACUAUAUUUCUGUGAUGCUUUAUAGUCAUACAAUUUAAAUUCUUGUCUCUUUUUUGGACUUUUUCAGUUUUCGGUGACUUGUCUACAUUUGUAUUUCUCUUAAGUAGUCUUAUAGUAGUUCAUUUAACUUAUUCUCUUUUUACUUUUUAUUCCUCAACAUAUUAUGUAUUUGAAGAUCUACAAAACCCGAAUUCCAGCACUUACUUGUAUUUCUUUUUAUUUAUUUAUUUAUUUAAAUUAUUUUUGUUAUAGCUCCAGAAUUUGUUAUUUAAGCACAGUAAUAGGAAUAUCCAGCAGUAUACUGGGUUUUGAGGGAAAGGGGGUGUUUUUGAUCCGUUUCCUUUGUAAAACCUGUAUAAAACUAAUAAAAUUAUUAUUGGUUAAUUAUUAUUUUUAUUUUUAUUUUUAUUUUUUUUUAUCUGUAAGGCGCUACAGGAUGAACUGAACAGGAAAAUAUUGGACAGCCUGCUGGAUUUCACAAGGAAGUGCUCUACAACUCGUCAACACAGUGACUGGGCGGCACAGAUGAGGGCCAGUGAGAUCCCCACAGCGGCACUUGUUCUUGGUGUGUUUUUUUUUUAUUUAUUAAUUAUGUGUUAGGCUCAGCUGAUUGACUUUGACAACAUUAGCCAAAUUAGAAUAUGAUCAUCAAGUAUAGUCUCCCUUUUUUAAAAAAAACAAUAAUUUUAGGGUUUCGUGAAGUCUGAAAACACUCUGUCAAACAUCCUCUACAGGUGUAAAUGUCCCAGACCACGACAUGACCUUUCAAAGCUUGUCCGACCUACUACAGCAGUCUGUCAGCCCUCAUGUGGCCUCUGUGCAGGCCAAAGAGUGUGGAGGUAAGAGUCAUUUAUCUUCAUGUCCUAGAGUAAUUGUGUAUUAGAGUAAAUAUCGUAUUAUUCUUUUUAUAAUUUGCCUUUCUAUUUCAGCACUGAAGCACUUGAUGAAGAGGGUGUUGGAGAGGCUGAUGGACACUGAAGUUACUCUGGAUGACGAGGAAGAGGAGGUGACUGAGCAAACCAGCACACAGCUCCAUAACAGUGUGCACUGCUCACUUGAGACACUCUGUGAUUGGUACAUCGCAAAAACAAAGGUGGGAUUGUAGAGCACCGCCAGUGUACGUUAAAUUAAUUUGACUAUUAUUCGCAGAGAAAGCCAGAUCAUUUGGAAGCAUAUAAAGCGGUAUGUCCUCUUGCACUCUAGAAGUCAUUUUCUGGUACUCCUGGAAAAAAGCGUAGCUCUCCUGGCAGAGAUGAUCCUCAACAGCCUCCUGUAGUAAUCAUUUUCAAAGAUUUAGAGGCAUUCAACCCAAGAGUCCUUCAAGACUUCAUUCUCAUCUGCAGGUAACUCUGAAUUCAUCUUUCCCCUUUUCAUUUAGUCUCAGUUUCUGAAUAUUUUUUUGAAAGUAGUUUGUCAUGAAGAGAAAUCUGAAACAAUUUGCUUAAUGCUCACUUAAUAUUUGUCAUUUUGAGUUUGUGAUUUUAAAUAUGUCAACACCACCUUUAUGUACCUGUCCUCUAUUCCACAGCCGCUACAUUCAGCGUCUUCCCCUUAUGUUUAUCUUUGGUAUCGCCACAUCACCCAGCACCAUCCAGCACAUGCUGCCACACUCUGUGUCGUCGCUGCUGUGUAUCGAACUCUUCCAGUCUCUGUCCUGUACGCAACAUCUGGCCACAGUCAUAGACAAGGUAGUUCCACUCUCUGACAUAGUAGAAACUGAAUUUUACAAACAGGGCGGAAAGUUAGACAUGCUGUUGUAAAGGCAGUUGUAUGCAGUGUAAUCAUAAACAGGAUACUGUAACGUAAUAUACUGGAGAAGGGUUUUCAAACAGAUCAUGUUUAAUACUGAUUAAAAAAUGGAAGUGUUGGAUUACUGUUUGUGAAAUACGUACUUAAUAACUCUUAUUUAAGCCUUUAUAAAAGCAGCCUAACUAAUAGAGGUGUAGCUGUUGUAGAGUGUACUUGUCUUUUAUCUCUGCUCCUGAUCAUCCAUUUAUUUCAUUGAUAUACAGACGGAGAUGGAUACAAAACUGUCACCUGGUAUAGAUAAUGUGACCCACAACAGCAGCCUUGUAUUCUCUGCAAAGCUUUUAAUUUAACUCUAAAUGUCAAGAAGUUAUGAGUUGAACGAGUCACAUAAGUCCCAAUAUUGUUUGCGUUUGUCUAAAUUCAAUUAUCUAUUUACUGUUUGGUUUUGCUGCUGUAUUUGAUUUUAAUACGUAAACCCAGGCUUAUAGUAUUUUAUGACCCUUUUUUUUUCUCCCAGUUGAUCCUGACUCCUGACUUCCCCUUCAAGCUGAGUGAUAAAGUGAUGCAGGUGUUGAUCAGCAUCUUCCUCUAUCAUGAUUUCUCUGUGAGAAACUUCAUCAAGGGCAUCCAGGUGCAAAAUAAAGCCUCUAUGCACUCCAUUCUCUGUGUAUCUGUCUGUCUAACUCUUUUCUGUCAAAUUUAGAUUUGUGCUAAACAACCGCUCUGCUUUUGUCUUUGAGCAGCUUGCUCUGGUUGAGCACUUUCACUCCCAGCCUCUCAGUGUGCUCUGCUGUAAAAAGAAAGAGGCUCUGCUCAAUGUGAUGCAGCUCAGUCACACUGACUUGGAGAGGAUCAGGCAGCUGCCAUCCUUUAAAAGGUACACACACACACACACACACACACACACACACACAAACACACACACAAACACACACACACACACACGCACAGUCGGCUUGAUUUUUUAUUCGGUUUGUUAGGAAUGACUGUAUCAACUACAGGAUUAAUGUCCAAUUUUCAAAAAGAGAACAUGCACUUUGAGCAAAAAAAAAAACAAAACACAUCUACGUAUGUCUAAAUUUGACUAAAUAACAAGAAUCAGUCUCGUAGUGGUAUAAUGUUAUUUAUUUUGAUCAUUUCGUGGUGUGUUCACUCUAUUCCAAACUUUUGAAUCGAUGGUUUUAGGUAUGUUGAGAAGCAAGAGCUUCAGGAGCAGACAAAUCUGACAACAGAUGACACUCACUUAAAGGUACAUUCCUCCAUUUAUUUCUAUACCUCAAAAAUGUGCUAGUUAUAAAUAGCAGUAACUAAUGUGUGUUUUCUUUUAUUUCUAGGAGGUGUGUAGGAAGCUGAUAAAGGAUCUUCACAAAUAUCACAAGAACUAUUAUCCCAUUCUGAGGUGUCUCCACACUAUGACCUCAGCUCUACCUCGAUAUCCACUUGGAAAACAGGCAAGAAAUCAGCGCUUUACGCAUGUUCAAAUUUCACAUUUUCACGACCCUUUCUGUGAGUGUUGACAUGAGUAACUAUAGUAACACUCUGUGGUGUAUGUGUUCCAGAUCAGAGAGCUCCAUUUAAUUUGUUUGGAGAAGACCGUAUGGGAAAACGAAGAUUAUCAAUCAGCCAUGAAGCUUCUGAAGUAGGUCGAUGUUGUAUCUCAGUGUCAAACAAAGAGGCAAUGUAAUUAUAAAAGUAACAAGGGUCUUACUUGUGAAAAUUCUCAUUCAUGUCUUGUAGCCAACUUUUCUCCUAAUAUUUGUAAGAAAACUGCCCCUCCUGGUGGCCGAAUAGCCACCCAUUUACACAAACAGUAUAUGAAACACUUUUUUAAUUGUAACAAAAAAUCUAACUGUUAUCCAACAACAGCAGAGUCUGCGGUUCAGUAUUUCCAAUGCUGCUUUACUUUUCAGUUGUUAACUUGCCUGGUUUCCCUUUCAGGAUGCUGGCUAAAGACGAGCUGAUAACUCUGCUGCAGAGGUGUGCGGAGAUUCUUCAGCCUGUCAAGUCCAAAAAGAUGAAGAAAGCUCGGGUCCACCUGGAGGAACUGCUUGCAAAGUUCAGACAGUUGGACAGUAAGUAGUAAAAUUAUAUGAUAGUGCACAUUCUCUGCUUUUACAGUUUGUGCUAUUGUGCAGUACUUUUUUCAUUAAAAUACUUCCUAAAGGUGAAAAGGGCAAUAGAAAUGUGAUGCGUGUACAUUUUUCUUUGAUUUAUGACUUUAGUGUGUUUUUACAUUCUUUGCUUUGUUCUCAGCAGCAGUAGCUGCUGAAACUCAGUCCUGUGUGGAAGACAGUCUCAUCUCUCCAGUGAAAAACCUUGGAAAGAAAACUGAUCUGUUCCAGCUGCAAAAGGUUUUUUUUUUUUUUUUUAUCAAGAAUUUUAUCUCCAGCGCAUUUCUCCAAACAGACUCUCCUCUGACUGCUGAUUCACUGUCAUACUUUGAUUCAGAAAUUGUUGAUUACAUUUGUUUUCUAGACGCUGCUGGAAAUGAACGAGACUCGGAGAUCCAAGAAACUGAAUCCCUUUGAACUCCUACGAAAUGAAGUGGUGGAGUUCAUUGACAGCCUCGUGAAGUAAAUGAUUUCACCAAAGUGCUCAUCUGGAAAUGUGCUACAACAAUUACACUUCUGAAAUAUGUUAAGUACUCCCCUUCAGCUGACAUCUCUCUCCCACCCAGGAGUCACCUGUCCCCUCCUGAGACUCAGACGCUGAAUGAAGUUUGCUACUACAGCUCCUCUACAGCUGUGAGGCGCCACCUCAACGCAACACCUCGCACCUCCAUUCAGGCCGCUCUCAGCAGCCCGUACUAUUAUCUUCAGGUACGUCAAAAACCCUCACCAUAAGGAGAAAUUGAAAACAAGAAAAUAUUAGUUUUUUCUGCCAAUGUUCUGCAGACUCUUGGUUUUGAUACAGCCUCCCUGCUGUCAUGGCAGGCGCUUCAAAGUUAAUGGCAAAGCAUGGGAGGAGACAUGGAGCAAAUGCCAAAAUAUUAUUAAUUUGUUUACAAAAAAGGCAAAUAAGUCAGCCGUGAGGUGUGGAAGUCGGUCGUCAGGUAUCACUGUGAUGUUGCCACUUUUAUCUCAGGGGGUAUUGAGUUGUUGCCAUGGUUUGUAAUGUAGAUGUGAGCACAAACGUGAUCGUUACCUGAUCCAGUCUCACAGUCCUUCAAUGUUUGAAGAGCAUUUUUUCUGUCUCACUCUUUACAUUCAACUCUUAAACCUCUUCAAAGUCCUUCACACUACUCCGAACAGAUAUACCUAUAGAGCUCUGUUCAAGGUAAAGACCCUUUGUGAAUAAUCACUUUUUCUUUGCUGAGAAAAAAAUCUUAUAAAACAUCAUGAUUCGAAGAGUUUUCUUACAAUUUAAUCGAAGAAAAACUCUUUAUACUCAAAGGCUUUGUGAAUACACCCACUGGGUUGCAGCGGUAAAACUCUGUAACUGAGUAGGAGCUCCUGAGUAUGAGAUGAGUGAAAAACAAAAGCUGGGUGAAUAAGGUGAACAAACUCUUGUUUUUGGAAAUUUUAAAAGUCGCCUUCUUUGCGUCAACAGAACAACAGCCUAAAAAGUGAAGAGGGGUCAGUCUCAAACGCUGCUCCUGAUAUCUGCAUUGCAUACAAGCUUCACCUGGAGUGUGGCCGGCUGAUUAACCUCUACGACUGGCUCGAGGUAAGUUCAUACUCUUCAUUGUGUCCUUGUUGGUUUAUGUUGCUCAACAAUGUUCAACUCUGCUGUACCAAGUGAGAUGUUUUGAAGUUUGUUUUUCAUCCUUUAGACAAGGGUUUAUUGAUCUGAAAAAAUCAAUUAGUUACACUAUUGGUCUGAAAAUCAAUAACUGGCCUGAAGUGGACUCUGUGCUGACAUGAAAAACUGUUUUUGUUUUUUUUUACCAGGCUUAUGCUACUGUUGUUUCUGCUGCCGAGGGCAACCAUCCAGAUUCUGACAAUUUUGGGAAAGUGGAUGAAGUCAAACAGUAUCCUUUUUGAACUUUUAUCUGCAAACACGCUUUUCCAGCUAUCCUCUUCCACUGCUUCUAUAUUUGCUUAAGCUUGUGCGGCGGAGAGUCGUUCAUGAGACUUCAAGCGAGCUGUUGCAGUGGUUUAGUCGUGUGGUGGAUGAGGUGGAUAAUGAAAGCAAAACAGUCCAAGAAUUGUGAUAUGAAACCUCAUUCGUGAACUUUUGUCCUUAACUUUGUUCCGUAGUGCUCGUUUCAUUCGAGCUGUGUCUGAGCUGGAGUUUCUCGGCUUCAUUAAAUCAACCAAGAAGAAGACUGACCACGUGGCUCGACUCACCUGGGGAGGCUGCUGAGCAAAGAGCACUCUUUCAAGCUCUUACCAAAUUUGACUUCACAUUUUUGUUCGUUAUUUUUCCCUCUAAUAAAGUAAGUGGUGUCUAAUUAUCUUGGGUGUUGGAGCUCUGAAAAUAUUUCACUGUUUUACACUUAAGAGGUGAAUGAAUCAAGAACUUCUGUUUCAAAGCAGUCCACUGGAAAGAUUUGGAUGUUUUGCAGCACUUCUACAGCAUCUUUUUGAGGUGUGCCGACAGGUGGAUGAGCUUUGUAGAUGACCUGAUUAGGGUCUGGUGAACGGAG